AUGGGUAAAAUCAAGAAGAAAGUCAACGAAUCUAAGAACCCUGGAGCCACCUCAACCUCGAAGGUUCAAAAAAAGGCGAGCAGCCUCAAGUCCAAAAAAGAUGCUAAGUUGAUAUCUAUCAACGGGGUGUCCCACUUGUUCAAAAAAAUCGUCCAUGUACGACCUCAAACCUGUGAUGCGACAAAAAAUCGCUUUGGCAUCUGCGAGAGCGUCGUCGAUGUGCUCAUCAAGGAGGAUGCUGCGGUCGCGAGACCCAACGAACUCGAAGAUAUACUGGAAACUUUGAUAGCUCCGUUUGUGGCAGGUGCCGAUAAGGCAAGUUGCAGUUUGUCGGCAACCUCAAGCCCUGGGCUUACGGUCGAGGUACCUUUCGGAGCUGCAAACCCCAGGCGCUUGGCCCUGACCCUACUCAACGAAAUCAAUCGAUCGAUACAAAGUGGAAGUACGGUGCUGAAUCUGAUUGGGACUGAGACGACGUGGAGGUUCCAAACUCUGACGCGUGAAGUCCCUAAAGCCUCUGGAAGACCCUCAACUCGACUAGAAAUGCUUUCCAGAAACGAUGGCAGGGUUUUUACCAACCCUCAGGAUCCUGACGGCCUUGCUCAAAUGACGCCUGAAGAAUUUGAAUAUCACAACGCAGAGCUCGAAAAGAAUGCCUCAAAAGAAUUGGAGGGUCUCACGGAGGCGCAGAAAGAAAAGUUGUUGAAGGCUAGACAUCGCAAGCUGGAAGACGAAGAAGAAAAAAAUCUGCGAAAAACAAUCGUCUUCGACAUUGAAUCUGCUCUGGUCGAGAGGUCAACUGAGAAGGGUGUUCGAAAUUAUCAUCAUCCAACCUUGCUAGUGGCGCUAAGAUCGUGCGUCAACUGCAGAGACUGGGUGCCAUCAUCAACCUCUGAUUCUGCAGAAUGCCACGAAUAUACGAUGGAAACUUCAUACGACGGGCUAUUUUUCAAGCUGGAAAUUUUGCCACAAAUGAGAUACUUAAGCGCUCGCUUUGUUGAUUCACUCAAUUUCCUACCUAUGCCUCUCUCGGACUUUGCGAAGGCGUUCAACCUUCCCGAGGAAAAAGGCUAUUUUCCGCACGGCAGCCACACAUUUGAACGAUUAAAAAGUCGGGACCGUGAAUUGCCACCCUCUAGGGAUUAUUAUCCGAAGCAGAUGUCGAAGCGAGGUCGAGAAGCUUUUAUGAAAUGGUACCUAAGCCAAAAAGAACGAGGCGUUCGAUUUAAUAUCAAAAGGGAACUAGAAAAGUAUUGUUUACAAGAUGUUGUUUUAUUGCACAAAGGCGUUUGUGCCUUUGCGGAUGCAUUUCUGGGCUACCUAAAGGUAGAUCCGUUCGCUGAAGCCACGACCAUAGCUUCGUCGGCGAUGAAGGUGUUUCGGAAACUAUUCGUCAACCCAAAGUUACCUCCUGUAAUUGCCCUGACCCCUGAGGCCACAGCCCCAAAUCAAUCCAUGCUAGCACUAAACUAUCUAGAGUAUUUGCGGAAGACCCUUUACCCCUCCUUGAGGCAUGCUGGAACCUUGGGAGGUGAAGUAACUGUUGGCACGACUAAAUAUAAAGUGGAUGGUUACGUCAAGGAAAACACAGGAUCGUCGAAGAGAAAACUCGUAUUUGAGGUUUAUGGAUGCUACUAUCAUCUACACGAAUGCAAAUACACGGAACGGGACUUUUUACCUGGACGUUCAUGGGCCGAGGUGAAAACCAGGGACAGACUAAAACGUGAAGCCCUAGAAGGGCUGAAGGAUGGUAGUAUCCAGCAUGGCGUCUUGUCCCAGUACAUCGACAUGAUGUUGCAGUUGAAGACGGAAGCAAGCGGUUUUCCCGACUGGGUAUUUGGGGGCGAUUCUAAGGGCCUUGAGGACCGAAAAAUGACAUAUGUCAAAAAAUUCUAUGAUCGUGAGGGUGUCGAACUUGAUAUUAGGUCAAUUCGCAAGAAUCCGGAACUGCGGCAAGUCGCUAAACUUUUGGCUAACAGUCUUUGGGGCAAGAUGGGUCAGAGGUCCGAGUACUCGAAAUCUGAAUGCAUCUCAGACCCUGUAAAAUUGUGGAAACUUCUGGAUACGCCGGCGGUCGAGAUUGUUGAUCUAACCCUCGUCAACCCCUCUUUGGUUUACGUGAAAUGGAAAGAUGGAGAGGCUGCUAAAUCCACAGUGAUGCCCCAUCUAGCGAUUCACUAUGCGGCACUCACGACAACCUAUGCACGUUUAAAAUUGCUCGAAGCUCUAGAAGCCAUACCCCCCAAAGAACUUCUGUAUACAGACACCGACUCGAUCAUAUUUCGAGGGAAACGGAACCUAUGUAACAAAACACAUCCACUCCGUGAACUCCAAGGCGAUUAUUUGGGUCAGCUGGUGUCGGAAGUGCCCCGUGGCUAUAUGAUUUCGCAAUUCGUGACCCAAGGACCCAAAUGCUACGCCUAUGUUUUAACUCCUACUUUGCCAAACUUGACAGAGUCGACUAUUCUCAAGCUAAGAGGAUUCAGGCAAACAUGGGACACGGACCGGCUGUUGAACUUCGAUGCAAUCAAAAGACACGUGGAGCAGCUGAAUGAUAAGGAAGAGCUGGAGGUCAUCAAUGUUCCUUAUAGCAUUAUUGCAAACGAAGGCUGUGAACUUUAUAAUUACAGCCAAAUUAAGAAGUUCGGGUGCAAGUUUGAAAAAAGAAUGCUACGGUCGAAUUACAAGACCCUGCCGUUCGGGUAU